CACACAGAGACCUUUGCCCUCUCCAAUUCUCCUUUCAUCUUUCCUGUCUGUGUGUCCCAGUGAAUCUCAGUGUUGUUGGCAGGAGAGGGAGUGGUUGUCAGUAAGAGGAGGGAGGAUAAAUUUAUUCUGCCACUCAGGCCUCAGGGACUGGAUCUGUGGGCAGCAGCAAUGAGGGCCAAAGGAGCGGCAGGUACGAACUGUCUCAGGGAGCGGAGAGGCAGCACCUUGUCAGCCAUCUCUCUUCCUGGCGGUUCUCUGCAACCAACUGUGGGAGUCCCGACUGUUUAGCUUCCUGAGCUGAAUGACGUCAGACCCCAGACGGUCCCGUGUGUGAGCUGCCCAAUCAGGAGCUCGGGCCGGAGGAGCGGAAGUUCCUCACCCGCCAUCUUUCUUCCUGGCGCCUCCCUCCUCCCAGCUCUCAGCCGACGAAGUCCAAGUUGCAGGUCGUCUGCGGCCGUGUGAGCGCCUGUUCCGGAGCCUCUGUGGAGCCGCGGCAGCCCGGGGCACAGACAUGGAGUCAGUGACUUUUGAGGAUGUGGCUGUGAACUUCACCUUGGAGGAGUGGACUUUGCUAAAUCCUUCGCAGGAAAAUCUUUACAGAGCUGUGAUGAGAGAAACCAUCAGGAACCUGCAUGAUAUAGGACAGAAAUUGGGAGAACAGAACACUGAAAAUGCAUACAAAAAUCCUGGGGGAAAUCUAAGAUAUCAAGUGGUAGAGAAGCUCUGUGAGUAUGAAGAAGAUAGUCAAUGGGAAGAAAUCUUCAGUGAGAUUCCAGAUCCUGUGGUGAGCCAGAAAACUGGAGAAAAGCCCUGUGAAAGCCUUGUGUGUGGAGAAGACAUCACUGGUCAUUCAUCUCUAAAUGUGUCCCUCAGAGGUCAGACUAGAUGCAAAACACAUGAGUAUAAAGAACACGGAGAGAAGCCAUGUAAAUGUAAAGACUGUGGAGUGUGUUUUGGUUCUCACCAAAGCUUUCUGAAGCAUGAACAAAUUUACACACAAGAGAAGCCCUAUGUCUGUAAACAGUGUGAUAAAGCCUUUAAGUAUCUCAGUUCUCUUCAAAAUCAUAAAAGGAUCCAUACUAGAGAAAGAAAUCAUGCAUGUAAACAAUGUGGAAAAUCUUUUAAGAGACAGAGUAAUGUUCAAGUUCAUGAGAGAAAUCACACUGGAGAGAAACCCUAUGUGUGUAAGCAUUGUGGGAAAGCCUAUGCUUCCUACACUACCCUUCGAGCACAUGAAAGAAGUCACACUGGAGAGAAACCCUAUGUGUGUAAGCACUGUGGGAAAGCCUAUGCUUCCUACACUACCCUUCGAGCACAUGAAAGAAGUCACACUGGAGAGAAACCCUAUGUGUGUAAGCAUUGUGAGAAAGCCUAUACUUCCUACAGUACCCUUCGAGCACAUGAAAGAAGUCACACUGGAGAGAAACCCUAUGUGUGUAAGCAUUGUGAGAAAGCCUAUACUUCCUACAGUACCCUUCGAGCACAUGAAAGAUGUCACACUGGAGAGAAACCCUAUGUGUGUAAGCACUGUGGGAAAGCAUUCACUCAAUCCAGCUACCUUCGAAUACAUAAAAGAACUCACACAGGAGAGAAACCCUACAUAUGUAAGCAAUGUGGGAAAGCCUUUGCUCGUUCCAGCCACCUGCAAAUACAUAAAAGAAGUCACACAGGAGAAAAACCCUAUGUGUGUCAGCAGUGUGGGAAAGCCUUUGCUCAGUCCAGCUACCUUCACAUACAUCAAAGAAGUCACACUGGAGAGAAGCCUUACUUAUGUAAGCAAUGUGGGAAAGCCUUCACUCGUUCUAGCCACCUGCAAAUACAUAAAAUAACUCACACUGGUGAGAAACCCUACUUAUGUAAGCUAUGUGGGAAAGCCUUUACUCAUUCUAAUUACCUCCAGAUACAUAAAAGAAUUCACACGGGAGAAAAACCUUAUGUGUGUAAGGAGUGUGGGAAAGCCUUUGCUCGUUCCACUUCCCUUCACAUACAUGAAGGAACUCACAGUGGAGAGAAACCUUACGUAUGCAAGCAGUGUGGGAAAGCCUUCACUUUGUCCAGUUCCCUUCGAAGGCAUGAUAUAGUUCACUCAGAACAGAAACCCUAUAUUUGUAAGUGUUGUGGGAAAACCUUUGGUUGUUACAGUAGUGUUCAGAAACAUGAAAAGACUCAUAGAGAAAACACACUCUUGUUAGUGUAAUAGUGGGGAAACUUAGUUGCAUUGAUUCCUUUCAAAUACAUGACAUAGCUGACACUGGAAAGAAACCCAAAGUUUGUAUCCAUUAUGGGAUGCUUUCAUUGACCCUAGUUCUUUUUGAUACCAUGAAAGGAUUCACACUGGAGAAAAACUUCUGGAUAUAAUACAGAAAAAUGUUCACUUAUUCUGCUUAUCACUUGACUUUCUAAAAUUCAUGAAAAUGCAUAAUCCAUAGGGAAUGUUUUCUAUCCGUUCGCGGAUGCAAAACAACAGUAUGGAGAGAAAACCCUUGACUAAAAAAUGAUAUACCAAAAAUAGAAUUUUCAGAUGGCCCCCACAUGCAACAAUGCACAUAGAAUCAGAAGAUUAAAUAUGAAAAACAUAGCAGUUUUCUGUUUUCCUGUGUGAGAUGGCAUAUACCUAUAAUUCUAGUACUUGGGAAACUCAAACAAAAGUAAAGAUAGGGUUUUGAGGUCUAGGCUAUAUUGUCUAUCUGAUAGAAAAUUUUGUUUGAUAUUUUUCUUUAUUCUUAAUAAUUUCAGUCAUAUAUACAAUGAGUUAUGAGUAUAUUACUCCAUUUUCUCCCUCCAACCCAUUAAAUCCAGUUACUGCUGCUCAUUUGUGCUUGAGCAUAGCCACUUCCUCAGAAGCUGUCAACUGUCAAUAGUUCCUCAGUAAGGGUGAAGGUUUGAGAUCAUCUAAUUCAUCAAUGCUAGAAUUUUGGCUGUCUUAACCCAGUGCAGCUAACCACGAAUACUGCGAAAUCAUGGAUAUAAUAGCCAUACAAUGAACAAAAGACUGCAUUUCACACUAUUCCCAUCCUCUGACUUGUAUUCUUUCUACCUCCUAGAAAAAUGUUUUUUAAUAAAGUUUGACUGUUGUCUUCA